AUGAUCUGGGUUCAUCUUCCUGGACUCAGUUUAGAAUAUUGGGAUGAGAAAACUCUUUUCACCAUAUGUAGUGCUCUGGGGGAUCCAGUUAAAGUUGAUGAUGCUACUCUUAAUUUUGAGAAUGAGUAUUAUGCUAGAGUGUUGGUGAAUAUUUAUUUAGCAAAGAAAAUUCCCAGCAAAUUAUGGAUUAAAACCAAGUUUGGAGGUUUUAUGCAACAAGUAAUUCCCACUAAGCCACCAAAGUUCUGUAAUCACUGCAAAAUAGUUGGUCAUCUUCAAAUUGAAUGCAAAGCAAAGAAGGAGGGUGAUGAUAAUCAGCAAGUUCACAACACUCCAAAAUUCAUUCCUAAAACUAAUCCACCUGAGGAAGCUCAUAAAAGUGCAAGUACAAAAUCCAAUGGACAAAAUGGUGGUAGUCACUUUACUGCCACAACAGAGAAGUUUGAUAUUUGUGAGACUCCAGUUAAUCAAAUUCAGCAGACAUCCACCUCAAUUAACAAGACAAAUGGAUCAAUAAAUAUUACUUCAGGUAUGUUUGGAUCAUUGAGUACAGAAGAAAAAAAUAUUAUUGAUAAACAAUUUAUUGAGCCUGCAAAAAUUCUAAAGAUAGUAUCAGAAAAUGUUGUAGAAGCAAGUAUGGUUAAAUACAUUAAUGAAAAAGAUGGUUCAGUCUCAGAAGAGAGAAUUCCAACAACUUCAUGGUCCAGGAUGAUCACAGUGCAAGUUGGUGAUGUUCUUAUUUCUGGAGUCCAUGCACGUGUGAGUGCAGUUCAGAGAAGGUAUCUUUCGUAUGAGAUGGAGAAAAUUAAAAUGCUUAACUUUCCAUGGCUAGUUAUAGGUGACUUUAAUGUAAUUACUUCAGUAGAUGAAAAAGUUGGAGGGAAAUGCCAAAAUAAAAGAUCAAUUUUGGAUUUUACUUCUUGUUUAAAUACUUGUGAACUUAUACAAGCUCCUAAGACAGGUCUAUCUCACUCUUGGUCAAACUUCCAGCAUGGAAACAAAAGAAUACUUUGUAACUUAGACAAAGCAGUGAUAAAUCAAAUGUGGAUGCAAAAAUAUGAUUCUUGGGGAUAUAAAGUUGGAUUGAGAGUAGCUUCUGAUCAUGCUCCAUUAUUAGAAGGUUUUGCACAAUGUCCUAAGCCAAAGAAUACUCCUAUGAAGUUUGAGCAGAUAUGGUUAUCUCAUCCUAAUUUUUUAGAAGUUGUCAAUAAGUGUUGGUCUGAAAAUAUUCAAGGAGAUCCUGCUUUUGUGUUUCAUCAAAAAAUGAAAAAAUUGAAAAAAAAAAUCCUCAAAGAAUGGAAGUGGAGUGUUUUUGGAAAUGUAAACAAUCAGAUUAAAGAAGCUGAGAUUAAAGUGAAAGAAGCUAUGAUCAUUUCUGAUGAGAAUCCUUUUGAUGAAGAUUCUCUCAACAACUUGGUUGCUGCUCAAAACAUUCUUAACUCUAAAGAAGUUCAGCUAAGUACACUCCUUAAAAAUAAGGAAGUAGAAAUCUCUGAUUCUAUGUUGAAUGUUAUACCUGAAGUUAUUACAAAAGAGGAUCAAGAAAUGUUACAGCAAAUUCCAGAGGAGGAGGAGAUUGAAACUAAUAUCUUUAAUAUGGAUCCCAAUAGUACUCCAGGGCCUGAUGGAGUUUCAUCUUGCUUAUGUGAAGGGCAGAAGCAUACAAGAACAUAUAUUACUAGCUUCAGAAAUGGUUAUGAAAUGAAGAGGAAGAGAAGAGGUGGAAAUGUUGGCAUAAAGAUUGAUAUCUCUCAGGCUUAUGACACAGGUCAUAUCAAGCCAGUGGUUCUAAGGAAAAACAUAGAUCCUACACAUCUGUUCUUUGCAGAUGAUGUGUUCAUCUUUUGCAAUGGGGAGAAAAAAAGUUUUCUGGCUCUUAUGAAGGUACUUGAAGAUUAUCAGGAAAGUUCUGGCCAGAAAAUCAACAAAAGUAAAAGCAAAUUAUUCAUUGAUGGCACUACUGAUCAAAAGAAAAUGUUGAUUAAAAAUAUUAUGCAAAUGGAGUUAAGUAGCUUUCCAGAUAAGUACCUAGGAGUGAUCCUUACAACUGGAAGGGUCAAAACUAGUACUAUUUGGACAAUAGUAUUCCAAUGUAUAAUAUGGCUAUAUACAAGUGGGAUGCUUCCAUUAUCAAGAUCUGUGAGAAGAUUGUAA